AGAAGUAUGAACUGGCUUGGGAUCCUCGUGCUGGUGGCCUUCUCAGAGUGCCUAGUCAUAAUCCCCUUAACGAAGAUGAAGAUCUUGCGAGAAACCCUCAGGGAGAAAAACCUGCUGACAAGUGUCCUGGAGCAGAACACAGAAGUACGGUCCCAGAAUGUCACUGAUGACCCCAAAUUUUCUCUUCAUCCCCUGAGGAACAGCCAGGAUCUGGUCUACUUCAGACACAUCACCAUUGGAACGCCCCCUCAGGAGUUCAGGGUCAUCUUUGACACUGGCUCAGCUGACUUGUGGGUGUUAUCCAUCUACUGCUUCAGUCCUGCCUGUCGUGCAAAGAAGCUCUUCAACCCUCACUUGUCCACCACCUUCCAGCACAUGAGGGAGUUCUUCAAAUUAAAAUACGACUGUGGGAGGAGUGUUGGAUCUCUUGGCUAUGACACUGUUCGGAUCGGGAACCUUGUCGACCUGGGCCAAGCAUUCAGCCUGAGCGAGAGGCAGAUUGGGUUUGGAAAUAAACCCUUUGAUGGCAUCCUGGGCCUGGGUUACCCCAGCAUCGCCCUUGAAGGGAUCACCCCCGUCUUUGACAACCUGAAGACACAAGGCGUCAUUUCUCAGCCUGUCUUUGCCUUCUACUUGAGCAAUGGGAAGGAAAAUGGCAGUGUGGUGAUGUUUGGCAGCGUGGACCACAGCUACCACAGAGGAGAGCUCAAGUGGACACCAGUGUCCCAAACCAGCUACUGGCAGAUAUCCAUGAACCGCAUCACCAUGAAAGGGAUGGUUGUUGGUUGUUUCAAUGGCUGCCAGGCCAUUCUGGAUACCAGGACCUCAUUUCUGGUUGGCCCACCUAGACUGGUCACUACCAUCCAGAAGCUCAUCAACGCCACACCUUCGGGUGGAGAGUACGAGGUUCCAUGUAGCUCUGUCACACAACUGCCUACCUUCACUCUCAACAUUAACAGCAAUGAGUAUCCAGUGCCCAUUCAGGCCUACAUCCAGGAGAAUCUCCGGGGCCGCUGCCUGAGCACUUUUCAACAUGAAACACUCCAAUCAAACGACACAGAGACCUGGAUCCUGGGUCACGUCUUCCUGAGGCUGUAUUUCUCAGUUUAUGAUCGGGGAAACAACAGGAUUGGCCUGGCUCCUGCAGUGUAA